AUGGCUACAUCGUCACUAGAUUGUGUCGAAGCUGGGUUUUCGGAGAUUCAUGCUUUGAAUUUAGCGCUUUCUUUGGCAAUUGAGUAUCGAUGGAUGCAUGUAAUCUUUGAAUAUGAUUCAACAGCUUGUACUACUGUGACCCAUGCUUUCGCUAAGUGGACUCUCCGUUUUGAAAAUGUCUUGUAUUUUGACUCGGUCUUAGAAGGGGAUUUUAAUGAGAUCGGCAUAAGCUCCACUCUUCCCCCUCAAAACUUGCACGUCAAGUUCCGGCAGCCGUCACCUCUGAAUGGAUCUUCAAUAGAGUUGACUCGGCAACACCUUUCCAGCCUCGAAAAUCUCAUCCGGAAAACGAACCGACCCUGUCCUGAACCGGUCACCAAGCGCCCAAUCAUCAAUGAUUCUAUCAUCGAGAACAAAGGUAAGGGUUUACUCGAAGGGUUUAAGCUCUUCAGGAUUUGGCCCGGAACGAAAGACGCCGAGGAGAUUUCUCCGCGUCAUAUGAAUAGGCUUAAACGGCUUUUAUCGAUGACCAUGGAGUAUUCACCCAGGAACGAUCUCGGUUCUCGUUGGAGGGAAUACCACGGUUGCAAUGAUUGGUCCGGUUUGCUUGACCCGCUCGAUGAAAAUCUGAGGCGGGAACUUGUGAGAUAUGGGGAAUUCAUUCAAGCCGCUUACCAUAGUUUUCACUCCGACCCGGCUAUGUCGACCAACACCGACGGUGCUCCGUUACAGAGACACGUGGCGUUGCCUGAUAGGUAUUAUAAGGUGACCAAGAGUCUCUACGCCACCUCCUCGAUCGGGUUACCCGAAUGGGUGGACAACAUGGCUCCGAAUCUUGGGUGGAUGACCCAACGGUCUAGUUGGUUCGGGUUCGUAGCGGUUUGCGACGACAAGAGGGAGAUUAAACGAAUGGGAAGGAGGGAUAUUGUCAUUGUCUUACGUGGGACUGCUACGUGCAUGGAAUGGGCCGAGAAUUUACGAGUCCGAUUGGUUUCGGAUCCGAAAUCAGAUGACCCGACCCAAAAGGUUGAAUGUGGAUUCUUGUGCUUACAUAAAACACGGGGCGCUCACGUUCCUAGCUUGGCUGAAUCAGUGGUUGAAGAAGUGAAAAGAUUAACCGAGCUCUACAAAAGUGAAACCCUUAGCAUAACAAUCACGGGGCAUAGCCUUGGUGCCGCUCUUUCUCUUUUAGUCGCCGAUGAAAUAAGUUCAUGUGCGCCUCGAGUGCCCCCCAUCGCAGUCUUUUCUUUCGGAGGUCCUCGAGUCGGUAACAAAGGCUUCAUCGACCGACUCGAAAGGAAAAAUGUUAAAGUAUUACGGAUCGUUAACGAUCAAGAUUUAAUCACUAAGAUUCCAGGUGCAUUCAUGAGCGAAAGAUCAAAACAACAACAACAAAGAAGAAAUGACGUUUUGAAAAGAGUGUUCGAUACGAUUGACAAUAACAAUAUGUGGACAUAUUCUCAUGUCAGAAUCGAAUUAAGACUCGAUAUUAAAAUGUCACCUUAUCUAAAAUCGGAUGCGGAUGUGGCAUGUUGCCAUGAUUUGGAGACAUACUUGCACUUGUUGGACGGAUACCUGUCAUCGAAUUGUCCAUUUAGGUCAAAUGCAAAGAGAAGCUUGGUGAAAUUGGUUCGUGAUCACAGAUCAAAUAUGAAACAAUUGUAUACUCGUAAGGCCUUGAGCUUGAACCUCGAAAGGGAUAGGCUUAAGGUCCCAACUCCUAGUUGUUUGCCUAGUCCAUCUAGCUAA